GCUCCUACUCCAUCCCCAAGUCUCAGAUAUCCAUCCCUGACUAGUUUUUCCUCGGAGACUCUUGCUCGCUCGAAGUCUAACAAUGGAGUUACUGUCCCUCUCGUCUCCUUCGAUCCCGCACCAAGCAUCAGCCUCCUACUUCAAUCGCAAAGGAGUGACAUCCUUCUCAUCAUCAUCCUUCUCCUCGUUCCCUUCUAAACCCACCGCCGCCACCGCUAUUCAUUGCUCCUCUUAUCCCAAAACCUCAAUUAACCCAUCCUCCAACCGCAAUGCCUCCUUUGUCACCUCUUCCCUCACCGCCAACUCCCCCCAGUCUCCCGCCACCGCCAUGAGGGGAGCUGAGACUGACGCCAUGGGCCUGCUGCUCAGGGAGAGGAUUGUGUUCCUCGGCAACGAAAUCAACGACUUUGUCGCCGAUGCCAUCAUCAGUCAAUUGCUGCUCCUUGAUGCUCAGGACCCCACUAAAGACAUUCGCCUCUUCAUCAAUUCCCCUGGCGGCUCUCUCAGUGCAACAAUGGCCAUCUAUGAUGUCGUGCAACUUGUUAGGGCUGACAUUUCCACUGUUGCCCUCGGCAUGGCAGCAUCAACGGCUUCCAUUAUCCUUGGUGGUGGCACAAAAGGCAAGCGCUUGGCAAUGCCCAAUACACGGAUAAUGAUUCAUCAACCACUUGGAGGUGCUAGUGGACAAGCAAUAGAUGUGGAGAUUCAAGCAAAAGAAAUCAUGCACAACAAGAACAACAUUGUGAGCCUCAUUUCAAGCUGGAGUGGUCGGGCGAUUGAGCAGGUGGCGAAAGACAUUGACAGGGACCGAUACAUGUCUCCAAUUGAGGCAGUUGAAUAUGGAAUAAUUGAUGGUGUGAUUGACAGGGAUAGCAUCAUUCCUCUAUUUCCCGUGCCAGAUAGGGUUACUCCUACCCUGAAUUAUGAGGACAUGCGAAAAGAUCCAAUGAAGUUCCUGUACCCAGAUGUGCCUGAGGAUGAGAUUUACUAGAUAGCAGCAGCAGCAGCAUUUACUAUGUUGAAGGAACUCGAGAUGCCCUGCAGAUGAUGGAUUGGUGUGGUGCUAUCCAUAGGCUGUGUUCUGCUGUCAAGAAAGCUGCCUGAUGUGCUGCAACUCGACUCAGCUUAUUUCAAGAUGGCUCUCCAUGUUUAUUUGAAUUACAUUUUGGUUUGUCCCUGGAUUUUGCAUUCUUCUGAAUCUUCAUCUUAAGAACUCGAUUGACCUGUUUUGUAGUGCUUGUUAGAUUAAGAUAAUUUCUUUCCAGAAAAAGAGGACAUUGAUGUUGCUCAGCUCAACAUGGAAUGUACUAAUUACUGCAAUGGAUCCAAUCUAAGGACUUCCCCAUCAGCUCUCGCUCGAUGAGCAGCUCUAUUUGUUGCCAGAAGACCUAUUGCCCCAGAUAGAGCUCCAGAAGACGGGCCAGUUCUUCUGAGCUUCAGUCCAACCCAGAAGAGAGCCUUCCCUCAAGGGAUCCCAACUAGAAGAGACAAUCCCAUAAGUCACCCCUAACAAGGCAGACCCAAAGAAGAAGAAGGAGACAAUGAAGGGAACCCAUGUGGGCACGUCAAUCUUCAGCCCGACCUUGAGAUAGUAAAAAAAGGGGAAGAACAACAGCCCGAUGAACAAAGGUAUCCCAACAGACAAUCCCAUCCGGUUGAUCAUCCUGUUGGUGACUAUCUCCGGUAUGACAUCGGAAUCCUUGCUGGAUUCCUCCUGUCCAUCUCCACCAUCUUCAUCCUCGUCAUCUUCGUAGGUUAGCGUCUUUGGUUUCUUCUUGCUCUUGCUGGUUUUCUUAGAGGGUACUGCCGGACCAAACCCUCUUGGGUUUUUUGUUGCAUAGAGCAGAAAUGGCGCUGCCGAGCUUGAGAGGGACCAUGGAUUGAAUUUACGGGAACUUCUCGUAUUUGGCACUGAACCACUUCUGAAGGUGUGAUGGAAUGUUGUUACAGCAGCAAGUUCAGAAAUUUGGUUUACCUUGUUAGGAAAUGAGGUGGGAGUAGCUGCGGACAGCAGAGCAGAAGCAGAGGAUACAAGCUUCAUCACACCAGUUGCAGCCAGUCAGCCAGCCACUCAUAGGUUGGUUCGGGGCGAAAUGGAAAUAGGCUUGGAGGUUGGAGGAGAGAGAGAGAUGGAUUAGAUAGAUAAGGUUUUUCCUUCUUUCGUUGAGGCCCUCUAACUUUGAGACUUUUACU